GUCAACUUCACAUUUGUCUAUGAACAUUCUUUCUCUGUCAAAAUGGCUGCCGCGCAAGAGGCGAGACGCGAACCUAUUCAGGCCGUCCAAGUUUUCGGCCGUAAGAAAACCGCAACAGCAGUAGCGUACUGCAAGCGCGGCAAUGGAGUUCUCCGCGUCAAUGGUCGUCCCCUCGACCUGGUAGAGCCCCGUCUGCUGCAGUACAAACUCCAAGAACCAAUCCUGUUGAUUGGAAAGGAAAAAUUCUCGGGUGUGGACAUCAGAGUGACUGUUAAGGGUGGUGGUCAUGUAGCGCAGGUUUACGCCAUCAGACAAGCCAUCUCAAAGGCCCUGAUCGCCUUCUACCAGAAAUUCGUAGACGAGGCAUCAAAGAAGGAAAUCAAAGACAUUCUUGUCCAAUACGACAGAAGUUUGCUAGUAGCAGACCCCAGGCGCUGCGAGCCCAAGAAGUUUGGUGGUCCGGGAGCCCGUGCCAGAUACCAGAAAUCUUACCGUUAAUACAUUUUUUUCCAUUACGUCUUCUGGUAUUGCACUGGUAUGGUGCUGUCAAUGCAAUAUCACAGGGUGAAUAAAAAUUAAAAAACA